CUUUCUUUUUUUUUUUCUUGUUUUAAUUCCUUCUUUCACCAUGUCUAGCUCUGUUAUUGACAUGCAAUUGUUUUUUAUGGGAUUACAUGAAAAGAAUAAUAUCUUUUCUUGUAAAAACACCGAUCAAUUGUCAUCGUUAUGGGCAGCCUUUACCAAAUGUAAAAGAAAUUUACGUGAUGGAUUUCGACUUGAAAAUAUGUCUUGGCGAUUAUGGUAUCGGGAAGUCAUGAUUCGGAAAAGAUUGGAUACAGAGACCGCCAUUAUCUUAUCAUCAUCAACAGAACAACAACAACCUUAUACCAACAUUGAUAAUGAUUAUACCAACGGUUCAACAUUAACUCGAACGCGCUCAUUACCUUCUUUCUCUCAACAGCAUGAUAUCAUCGAUACUUGUAAAGUGACAUCUCCCAAAUCAUUACCAGAACCUCCUACUUCAACGUCAACAUGCAUGAUCAAACGAUCCAAGUUUUAUAUCGAUCAUGAGGAUGAUGAAGUCAGCUCUCUAUAUGACGAUGAUAUGGAUUCAUCUUGUUAUUCAAGUAGUGUAUCAUCUGAUCCAUCACUGGAGGAAGAACAAGAUAAUGAUACCUUUGUUAAUGGCAAAAAGAACUCCCUUCUCUCCAAUUUAUUACAACAAAAAGAAACAAGUCAAUCAAAUGGAGGCGGAUUACGACGGUGCCAUUGCUAUAAUAGAUUAGAUCAAUGGUUUAAUGAAGCUUUAUCUUCAUGAUGAUAUCUAGUUGUUUAGUUUGUUAAUUAGUUUUUAUUAUCUAUGUAGUACUUUUAUCACUCAUCAUCAUUCAUUAAAAUAAAAUAAUACAAUCAUCCUUA